CUGAAUGUGGCUGCUGAGGUAGUGGUGCCCUUUUUUUUUUUUUACACCGAUGUCCAUCGCGCGCAACCAUUUUACUUCAUGAUAAAACGAUCGAACGUCAGCGUUGGUGUACCACUCUCCUCGUAGCAGAGUUUAGCUUUCAACAAAGCUACGAACAAGGUUUUUGGGAAAGGGAAGAAGUUGAAGAAGAUAAAGUGCGAGAUAUCAACGAUCGAGUACAUUAUUCGAUCUUUGGUGAAAUGUGGGGAAGAGCAAGUAUGGCAGCCGUAAUGGUGCUGCUUUUAGCAGCGCAUAUCUGCACGCUGAACGUAGUAUACGCCGAAGGAAGCAUCACGGAAACUGGUUCGAGCGACCCGGACGCGGAAAGUAUUUUGGAGCGUGCAACUGCAUGGUUAUGGAGUCAGCGUGACAAAGAUGCGGGCUGGGGGAACGAUACACACCGAGUUCUCCUGGUUCUUCGAAUGAGCAAUCUGUCGCGGGAGGAUAACGUUGCCCCCGUGGCUCCUCUCGAAUUGCAGCUCAGCAGCAAGCAAAUGGAGCUCGAAAUCGUUUUGUUAUUGUGGAGGCACAGAGAAAUUGGUUUCUCCCCGGUUCGAUUAGCCCGCUAUACGCUUGCCUUGAACGCGAUGUGCACGGAUCCGAGGCAGUUUCACGGUCACGAUUUGAUCGGGACCCUUCAACAUCACGAACCGCCCACAGAUUACGAGUUCGCCCUUACAACUUUAGCCGCGUGCAACGCAGAGGCUCAUGUACGAAAGCGACAGAUACGUCGAUUGCUGGACAUUGCGAACGCCGCUCAAGAUCACAACGUCGAUACCGUUGCAAUGGUAAUCCUAGCGUUGAAGUGCAUCGUUCAGGAUCACAGACACCGAAAUCUCCAUCAUUACGUGCGAAAACCGUCGAUCGGUUUGGCGCAGCAGCAAAGAUUGGACGGUAGCUUCGGAGAUGUUCGAACGACCGCGUUGGUGAUGCAAGCACUCGAGGAAGCGGAAAACGAGCCGGCUGACAAUUGGAACAGAUCCGCCGCUUUGUCUUGGUUAACCAGCCAGCAACGUGUCGACGGUUCUUUCGCCGGUGACGUCCGAGUAACCGCCGAAGCUCUCCUCGGCGUAGCGCCUCGUGGCUUGGCUAGCAUUAGAACACUGAAAUGCGGACAAGGACUCGACGAGACAUCACCGCCAAGAUUCACCACGAACGGUAGUAACGAACCGGCGACAAUUUCGGGUAAUCGUAACGAAAGCGUACCAACGCCACUGGUCACUUCUGGGAGCAGCAGCAGCAGCAGCAGCAGUAGCAGCAACAGCAGCAACAACAACACGAACAAGGUCUCGAUAGGGAAUAGCGGAACUACCAGCAAUGGGAACAGUGGAAAUAACGGUAUCGCCGGAAACAAUGCAGGAGGGAACAUGGUGAACGUAACCAGUACCGAUAGCAUGGUGAUGGUGGUUAGCGUCGCAGCGCCAGUUAUGGUGAACGUUUCUUAUACUCUAUGGGUUGGCAGCAACGUGAACGAGACGUACAGUUUGAUAGUGACUGCCCCGAAAAAUGAAACGUUUUACGAAGUGAUGCUUCUGGCCGCAGAAAUGUCGCCGCACUUUCAGUUCGUUGCGUCCGAAUGGCCGAACGGGCAUUACGUUCACACGAUAGCUGGUUACAAAGAGGAACCGAUGUCUUAUCAUUACUGGUUACUGUAUCGGCUUACCUCGACGCCAGAUUCGUCCUCGCCACCGGGUAAUCAACUGGUUGCUCCCGGCGGGGUCGAUGAUCUUCAGAUCAGCGAAGGAGAACAUUAUCUUUUUUGGUAUAAGAAACUAUGAGAAGCAACGAAACGUCGACGUUCAGUCGAAACGACGAAUGAGAAGAAGAAGAAGAGGAAGAAGAAGAAGAAACAGAGGGAGAAGGGAAAGGAUGGAAAUUACGGGAAAGAACGCGGAACACGGGAAGGCGAGAGCAAAAAGUAAUAAUUCCUAGUUACUCGAAAAAAAAAAGAAAAAAAAACGAGAGCUCACUACUCUAUUCACUGCCAUCGCUAAAAACGCGCGUACGUCGCAACGUACCGCGACAUUUUCCUCGGAACAUUUUCAUACGGUGCACUCGUGUGGCAAGUUCUCAGGAAGGUGCCGAAUAAGUAGAGCUGGCAGUGACAAUUUUUGAACGUCUGCUCUAGCCGAGGCGAUUCAGCAAACAACGAUAUAUUCGGUAAAAAAGAGAAAAGAACAAAAAAAAA